GAGAAAAUGGCGUUGCUGUCGAUUGCUUCACUGAUUUCUUUCUUCUCAGAAGAAAAGAAGUCUAUCAGAAAAGGAGAAAACCACUACAAAUCGGAUCAUGUGGAGUCACUUUCGUAUCAACAAGGUGUUUUACGUGGGGAAGUGCAUGCAAGCAUGAAAAAGAAGGUGUAUAAAGUCACGAUUUACUUGGAUGAAAAACACGAAAUUAAGUCGACUGAGUGUGAAUGCCCAAGAGGAGCAUUUAAGUGUAGCCAUGCAGCUGCACUCUUUAUACACGGCAUCCAUAAUCUAAGCAGAACUGACGUUGAGUGUCAGUGGAGGAAAAGGAAGUCGAACACAUCACUCUCAGCUCAAGCUGUGGCAGAAAUGUUCCCUCCACCUAAGAAGUACACUGCCUUGGGAAGAAAGCCAGUACAGGUUGACAGAGCACAGCCGUAUGAAGACCUUAAACAAUAA